GGUGAAACUUGUGAUCUGGGUUUUGUUCAAAGAGGAUGAUGAAUUUGACGGAUUUUUCUAGGUGACAAAAGAGUAAUUAAAAAGUAACGCUUGAAUGCAAAAUCGAUCCAACGAAAAAUAAAGUUUUGUUUGUGAUUCACGAGAUAUUCAUUGGAGUUUUUGUGUCUUUGUUCCAUUUUGGAUUCUUCUGUUAAAUUGUUUUCUUCUGAUUUAUUUUCACCGUUUUUGUGUUGGGAAUGUGUGCUACUCUUUAGUUUCUUCACCACAAUUUACGGUCUUUGUAUUCUUCUUAACACAGUGUUUUCUUCCCCUCGUUACAGUAAUCUUCCUUUCUUCGCAUAUAGAUUGCUUUGCAAAGUUUGGAUUUGGAUUCAAGAGGUCUGAUUCUGUGAGCUUCUACGAUUUGCUUGCUAUGACGGAAACGGGUUCGAUUCUGAUGUGGUUCCCUUGGAUAGUAUUGGGAUUGUUUGUUCUGAAAUGGGUGUUGAAGAGAGUGAAUGUCUGGAGAUAUGAGUCCAAACUUGGGGAGAAGAAACUGUAUCUGCCACCAGGAGAUUUGGGAUGGCCUUUCAUAGGCAACAUGUUCUCCUUUCUUAGAGCUUUCAAAACAUCUGAUCCUGAUUCCUUCACCCGAUCCUACAUCACAAGGUAUGGGCGUACCGGUGUUUAUAAAACACACAUGUUUGGGAACCCAAGUGUGAUAGUAACAACACCAGAGACUUGUCGGCGAGUUCUAACAGAUGAUGAUUGCUUCACGACAGGCUGGCCAAAAUCCACCAUGAAACUCAUUGGCAGGAAGUCCUUUAUCGGUAUAUCCUUCGAAGAACACAAGCGGCUCAGGCGUUUGACCUCUACUCCUGUCAAUGGCCAUGAGGCUCUCUCUCUCUACAUACCGUUCAUUGAAGAAACUGUUAUUACUGAUCUAGAAAAUUGGUCCAAAAUGGGAGAAAUCGAGUUCUUGACUCAGUUGCGUAAGCUUACAUUUAGGAUCAUUAUGUACGUAUUCAUGAGCAGUGAGAGUGAGCAGGUCAUGGAUGCAUUGGAACGGGAAUAUACCAACCUUAACUAUGGAGUUAGAGCAAUGGCUAUUAAUAUUCCUGGGUUUGCUUAUCACAAAGCACUGAAGGCAAGGAAAAAACUUGUAGCUGCCUUUCAGUCCAUAGUGACUAACCGAAGAAACCAAAGGAAGCAGGAUAUGUCAUCCAAUAAAAAAGACAUGCUGGAUAAUCUAAUAGAUGCUGAAGAUGAAAACGGAAGAACUUUAGAUGAUGAAGAAAUUAUAGAUGUUUUGUUGAUGUAUCUAAAUGCGGGUCAUGAAUCCUCUGGACACACCAUUAUGUGGGCUACCAUUUUCCUGCAGGAACACCCUGAGAUUCUAAAAAAGGCAAAGGAAGAACAAGAGAGGAUUGUGAAGAAAAGAGCGCCGGGCCAGAGUUUGACUCUUAAAGAAACACGUGAAAUGGAGUAUCUUUCACAGGUUAUUGAUGAGACACUUCGAGUAAUAACAUUCUCUCUUACGGCCUUCCGGGAAGCAAAGAGUGAUGUCCAAAUGAACGGCUAUAUCAUACCAAAAGGCUGGAAGGUUCUGGCUUGGUUUAGGGACGUCCAUUUGGACCCUGAGACCUACCCGGAUCCGAAGAAAUUUGAUCCUUCAAGAUGGGAGGGAUACACACCAAAAGCAGGUACAUUCCUUCCUUUUGGUUUAGGAAGCCGUCUUUGCCCAGGAAACGAUCUUGCCAAGCUCGAGAUUUCCAUUUUUCUUCAUCAUUUCCUCCUCAAAUAUCGGGUGGAACGGAGCAAUCCCGGUUGUCCGGUGAUGUUCUUGCCACACACCAGACCCAAAGAUAAUUGCUUGGCAAGAAUCACCAAAACGACGCCGUAAUCAUCUUCAAACUUGUAGGUUCUUUACCAAAAUAUAAGCUUCUACUCAUGGUUUCCAUUGUCUCUGACUCUUUUAUCCAAACCGGUUCGGUUUUGAACUCGGUUUGCUAGCAAAUAUAUGUAUCCAUGGUUCGAAGGAUUUUCAAAAGUUAAUGUUAAUCAUCUUUUAUCGGUUUGCCA